AUGUAACUAACAGCGCCCCGGACACGGUCACCAGACAGCUCUGUAGGAUCCACGGGUCCACCAGCAGCAGCCCGGCAGUGCCCAGGCGCUGUUGGGCUGGGCUGUCGUCAUAGCCCGCCAGCAUCCCACGCACCCCCAUUUAUUCCCAUGCGCUCCGCUGCGGCCCGGGCAACAAAAAUGCAGCCAAGAACCACACGUAAUUGAAACUCUCGCGUUCGAAUUGCUCUUACACCAUAGCAACUCAAUCGCGUCGCCCUCUGCUCUUCCCCAAUGCGACCAAUCCAGCUCCUCGGCGCCGCCGCCGUGCUGGCUGCCGCGCCGGCCGCGGCCGCAAACUCCCCGCAGAGGGUUCUCGUGCAGCCCGACGCGACGCUGCCGACAGAGCGCGCCAUCGAGACGGGAGUCGGCCACUUCAGCGAGUGGUCGCGGGAGACAAAGCGCCAGUUCCUGAUCGACUGGCAACGGGGCCGGUCCUCGGAAUGGACCAUCGUAAUGGGCAAUGAGGGCGGGGACCUCGACAGCAUGGCCGCCGCCCUCACCUGGGCCUACCACCUCGAGCACUCGACCGCCAACAGCUCCAGCCGGAUCAAGGCCAUCGCCCUGCUGCAGACCCCGGCCGACGCCUUGGACCUGCGCCCGGAGAACAAGCUGGCGCUCGACAACUCGCAGAUGAGCUCGGGCCACUCGGACCUGCUGACCAUGAACGAGCUGCCCGAGGACGCCGAGACGCUGUCCAAGGACAUCAAGGGCAUCGUCAUCGUCGACCACGCGUCGCCCCUUAGGAAGUGGGCCGACGCCAGGGUCCUCAGCAUCUUCGACCACCACCAGGACAAGGGCACCGCGCCCGCCGCCAAGCCGCGCGUGUUCGAAAAGGUCGCUAGCUGCACCACCCUGGUCGCGCGCCAGAUGCUCGACGAGCUCGAGGCCCUGCCCGACGAGUACCACAUGCCGCACGAGCUGCUCGAGCUGGUCCUGUCCGCCAUCGCCAUCGACUCCAAGGGGCUCAAGUCGGGCACCGACGAGGACCGCAAGACGGCGGGCCGGCUGCUCCGCCGCAGCAACUGGAGGAAGUCGGACCUGGACGACAAGAUGCAGUCGCUCGACGGCAAGCUGGGCGAGGCCAAGAAGGACCUCGGCGAGCUCGGCGUCCGGGACCUGCUGAGGCGCGACUGGAAGGGCGACCUCGUCGACACGUACUCGCCCCGCACCCCGACCGUCAGCCUGGGCUUCUCCUCCAUCCCCUACUCGCUCGACGAGCAGAUCACCCGGACCGGCUUUGGCGAGCUGUUUGACUGGUUUGCCAUCGAGGCUGCGUGGACGGCGCAAGUCGGGGCAGAUAUCAGUGUUGCUCUAAACAGGUACAAGGGUGAGGACGAGAACGGAAAGAAGAAGAAGAUCAGGGAGCUCGUCCUGUGCGUCCGCAGCGACGUCCGCAUCAACAACAACCAGGCCGACGACCUCUUCGACACUGUCAAGCGCGCCAUCGAAAGCCACCCUGAGCUCCAGGCCAAGCCGUGGCAUAGGGUCAGCGAGCUGGGGAGGAGGCAGAUGGUGUGGACCUACGAGGGCAAGAACGCCGGAAGGAAGAUCAUUCGGCCCAUCGUCGAGGCCGCCGUCGAGGCUUGGGAUAUGGCAGUGGAGCUUUGAUGGCUUGGCUUCUUUCAGUGUUACUUCUUGAUCUGUUGCUUCCGUGUAAGAUAGCGAGACAAGCGGAUUUGGACACAAACAAAUUGGUCGUAUUUCGACAUGAUGGGUUUGGAAGGUAUCCAUACAAGCAAAAGUCCCAACACCAUUCUCCAUUCUCUCCAUCUUUAACCCGGCCUCUCAAGUGAUGGUCACUUGAUAGGUGC